AUGCCGCGCAUCCCGGUUCGCGUAGAACCGUACAACUCGCCCUCGCGCCAGCACCGGCACUACAAGAACAAACGCGACCAGGUGCUUCGCGCUCUCGGAAAGGCCGCGUACAUCAAUGGCUCGCACUUUGCCAUCAUGUGGGUCUCGGCGCGUGGAGACGUCGAGACGUACGCGAGCGAAGCGCUGCAGAGCCGGCUGGACGAGUGGUUUGUCAAGGGCGGGAUUGCCGACGAGGCCAAGCAGCUUGUCAAGAGUGCCGGUGGCGGUGCGGGUCCGGGUGAGGUCAAGGUGUUUGAGGAUUCCGACGAGGAAGGCGGUGAGGAUGGCGAGGAUGUGGAUGUGUUUUUGGACGGUGGCGAUGGCGAUGGCGAUAAGAGUGUGGGGGAUGACGAGCAUGGAGGCAAGAAGGGGAGAAGGGGGCCGUUGGCGCCGUUGAACACGGCGAUGGCCAACCAGCACUUCUUGCGUAGUAGAACACCUUGGUCGAGCACCACCAGUGGCGCUGGAGAAGAUCUCUUUGGCGCGCCCAGAUCCGCACCCCUCUUCCCCACCUCGACCAACCCUUUCGCCUCUGAUGAACCACCUCGAACUUCGACCCCUCUCCUCCUCCCCUCGUCGACUCGUCUCACCCCGCGCGCCACGCUCUCCUCGUCCUCGACCCCACCGCUCUUCCUCAACACCUCGACGCCCACAGUCGAGAUCACGCUGACCAACCAAGCCGCACGCACCGCCUUCCUCGAACUGCGCUUCGGCCAGCUGCAGCAGGGCGUCUGCAAAACCGUCGCCAAGGCCUGGAUCAAGAUCAUCGAACCCAAAAAACAGACUCGCUGCCCGUACAACAAGGGCGAGGCGGGCAAACCCGACUGGUGGCCCGCAGGCGUGCGCCACAAGGAGCCGGACCACCUGAUGAAGCCCGAACGCCACGCGUUGCUGCUGACGAUCCUGCGCAGCCCCAAGGUGAAGGUGGCGAGGCUGCAGUUGGCGACGGCCGAGGUGGUGGCGCUGAUCAAGGCAGACAAGGUGAGUCUGUUGAUGGAUGUGUAUCGGAUUGCGAGGGAGGAGGAGAAGUUGCGCGAGAAGGGCGCGGGCGAGAAGGAUAGGGAGAUAAGGGUUGGGGUGAGCACGUUGGAUGGAUGGUGUAGGGAAGGCAGCGAGCCUACGAGUCAGGGUAGGCAGAUUGCGAGGAGCGCUACGCCUGAACCGGCGGCGGGGGAGAAGAGGAAACGCAGUGUGGCAGCCGUGGGCAUGGUCAAAUCCAACUCGACUACCGCGGUACACAAACGUCGCAGCAUCGCCACCACAACCGAAGUCGCCCCCAAGCCCCUGCUGCCCCACCGCUCCUCGAAAGCAGCACGAAACAGCUUCGCCGCUCACUCGAAUCCGCACGCACUCCAACACCAACAACAGCAACAGCAACAGCAGCAACAGCUUUACGGACUGGGACUCAUUGCCCCCGGCUCUGCAGCAGCAGCAGGAAUGGUACGCUCUCACUCGUUCUCGGCCGCACCUUCGUUCGACCGCACUACUGCCACAUUCGAUGCCGCUGCCGCUGCCGCCAACGCAGCAGGUAGCACAUGUUCUGCAGAAACGUCUCCUUGGCCACCAGCUGCUUCGUACUUCACCACCACCGAGGUCAACGGCCUAGUGACACCCUUGACCGCGACGAGCUCGAUCGACCAGAGCUUCGCCCAUCACGAUCUCUCUGCCGUUCAUCAUAACGGCGGCGGCGGUGGUGGCAAUGGUGGCGGUGGAGGGUUCUACUACGCUCCUCCUGCUCCGCAUGCUGCGCACGCAGGGUUCGCCUACCCGCCACCGGCGCACGAUCCGGCUACGGGGAUGAUGAUGCACCCGCACGCCGCGUUCGAGCCCAACGCACUCGGGCUGGAAAACUGGUCCUUUGGCCAAUUCGACCUACCCGAUCUCUCCAAUUCGUCCUCGUGGUCCCACGGCAACCACAGCACCGCCACAGCGGGCGCAGCCUCGGGCGGCGGAGAUGCAAGCUUCUCGCUCGACUCGAUCGACAGCGUGCCUCGCACCCCGUCGCCCGGUCCCGUCACCGCUACGAACGGCGCUAAUGCCGGCAUGGAUGCCGAGGGAGGAUUGAGACUCGACCUCGCCAAGCAUGGCCAGAUGCUGCAGCACCCGGACCAACACGCUCUCCACCCGCAUUUGAUGGGUGGCAAUGGCGGCCACCAUCAUGCUGCUGAGGCGUACUGGCUGCCUCCUCCGCCUCCGCAGCAGCCGUCGACGACAGCGAACACGACAACGACGACGACCACGGCGGCUGGUCAACUGCAUCACCAUUGA